GUCUCUGCCUGGAGGAAGCCUCUGCUCAUUCCUGCUUGCCUUGACUGGAUUCACACAGCAAAGAGCAGCUGGAUCCGCUGGGUCCGAUCUAAACGGGAGGAUUUAGCUACAGGAGGAUUCCUCGCCUGGAGGCCUUGUGAGCUGUCAGGACUUCUCGGAGACCCCUCUGCAGACACCAUGGGCAACAAAUCCUCCCGAGGGAACCACAGAUUCAUCAAGGAUGUCAUUGACUGUUUCCGGCACACAGUGAGCAGAGAGGAUCUGCAGCGUCUGGUGACUGAAGAUGAAGCCUGGGAGAUGGUCCGGGCAGAGGCAGGAUUGGGCAGGGCUGAGGCUGAUGCAUUACGUGAAUCUCUGAAGGUGCUCGCAGAUGACAUGGCCAAGACAGCCAGAGAGAGGCAGCAAGAAGACCAGCAGGCUAGGAAGAAGCUUUUGGCCUUGUUUCCUCAGCUGAAAAUGGAGCUUAUGGAGGUCAUAGGAAAGCUCCGUGACCUUGCAGGCCGGAUUAGUAAGUUGCACAAGGACUGCACCAUCACCAAUGUGGUGGCCAGCUCCACCGGCACUGCCUCUGGUAUCAUGUUCUGGGUUGGCCUGGCUCUGGCACCUUUCACACUAGGGACCAGUCUGGCGCUCACUGGAGCAGGAACGGUUCUGGGAGUAGCAAGUGGAGUUACUGGUAUCGCCUCUACUGCGAUAGACCACAGCAAAGCAUCAUCAGUUCAAAAAGAAGCACAAAGUUUGAUUUCAGCAACGGUGAAAAACCUGACAAGGUUUACAGAAAGGGUGGGUCAUUUUGCACCCAGAGUUGUUUCCUCAAGUGAAAACUGGAAGGAAUUCUUGAAAGACAUGGGGAAGAGCAUACGUGCUAUCAAGCUGGCCAUGGGUGACCGUGCGUUAAUAAGCCUAAUCACAACGAGCCUAAGUAUAGGAAACGAAAUGAUGCAGGGAGGUGCAAAGCUGAUGCGGCCAUGCAUUGGAAGCCUUGCUAGGGCAAUUACAAGAGGAACCAAGAUAGUUGGUGUGGGUACUGGGGUCGUAGGCUUUGGGUUAGACAUUUACAACCUUGUUGAAGACUCGAAGCACUUGCAUAAAGGGGCAAAGUCAGAUUUGGGUGAAGAACUGCAGAAGCAGGCUAAGGAACUGGAGACCAUAUUGGAGCACCUCCAGCAGACCUAUCAGGUCUUGUACUCAGCGUCAAAUUAGUGCCUGGCUCUCCAGAGUAUCACCAAGGUCAGGGAAGACGCUCUAGAGAAAGAGAUGGACAAAUAGGAGCGUUUCAUUAGAAGGAAGAGAGGAGCCUGCAUGUUAAGGGGUUUGGAGUUUUUGCGGUUGAACACAGCAAGGGAGGGAUGAAAGCACAUAGCGAGUAGGUUAAAGGGAAGGCAGGAAGCAGAGGCUGACAUGAAAGACAAGACAGAAUGAGUGGAUGUGGGGAAUGGGAGGAUGCAGCAGACACUUCUGCCCAGUAAUAGCAGGCUACAGUGGCACAAGAUUCUUGCCCCUCCUUAAUUCAGCUGUGUUACAUUGGAAGUAGCGUGGCUUGGCAGUGUUCUCUUCCAGCCAAGAUCAGCCGACUCCAACUGAAUUCCCCUCCUCUGAAUUAACCAUCUCUUCUCUUCAGCAAAGAUAUUCUGGUGCCCUCAUUCUACAGUCCUGCCCGCUUGAGACUUGUUAUCAAUAGGUGUGGCAAGGCCUGCCCAUCUUGCCUCCUCUCCAUGCGUGUAAUGAAUAAAACCUGGAUGUCCUUGGGGUUCUUUGUCUUUGCUCCCCAGAGCAGCUUCGAUCAGCCCAAGACCCUGCUCCUCCCCAGCCUCUGUCUCUGUGUCUUUAUUCCCUCUUUUCUAUUUUGUGGACAUCAUACUGGCUUGCAGGAGAUCCAGACUCAUGGCCAAGGUUUUUGAUACCAUCUCCUGCAGGAGGAAAUAGUUUCUAUUGGAAUGAUGGAUGCCCUGGGAGACUGAAUGGAAAAAAA